UCAAAUCUUCGAUUUUUAUCGAAACCUCACCGGAGAUGGCCACACCACCAUCUCCAUCACCGACUUCGCUGCCUUCCUCUCCCAACACUACUUCUCCUUCGCCGCCUCCAGUUUCUAAUAAUACCGCUCCCGUAGCUGAUCCUCCGAAUGGUACGUUUGUAAAUUUGCUACCGCCGCCCAGUGAGGGCUUACCGCGUGGGACAUUAGCGGGACUCAUAGUAGGGGUAGGGCUGGGUGCGCUAAUUGUGUUAAUUGGAGUGGGCAUCUUCGUAUUUUUCUACAGGAGGAGAAACAAGAAGCUUGCUCACAAUUAUACUGGAGCUCCUACAAGAGUUGAUCCACAACAUUGGCAGCAGAAUCUCGUUCCGUCAAAACCUACUCCUUCACCAGAAAUCACUCCACAUCUUUAUAAUUCUGUUGAGCCUCCAUCAACGAGUACCGGUUUGGGCUCAGAUAAACCAACAAACCCAUCACCUUCCCCAGGAGUGCCCAUGGGACAUUCAUUGGGCACAUUUACUUAUGAAGAUUUAGCAUUGGCAACUGAUAAUUUCUCUGAUUCUAACCUCAUUGGUCAAGGAGGUUUUGGUUACGUCCACAAGGGAGUGUUAAAGGAUGGGAAAGUAGUUGCAAUUAAGCAGUUAAAAGCUGGAAGUGGACAGGGUGAGCGUGAGUUUCAAGCAGAAGUUGACAUCAUUAGCCGUGUUCAUCAUAAACAUCUUGUUUCACUAGUUGGAUACUGCAUAGUUGGUGUAAGGUGGUUGCUUGUUUACGACUUUGUCCCAAACAACUCGUUAGAAUUUCAUUUACAUGGAGAAGAGAGGUCAGUUAUGAACUGGUCAACCAGAAUGAAAAUUGCUCUGGGUGCAGCCAAAGGAUUGGCAUAUUUGCACGAGGACUGUAAGCCAAAGAUCAUACAUCGGGAUAUCAAGGCAGCUAAUAUUCUUCCUGAUGAAAGCUUUGAGGCAAGGGUUGCAGAUUUUGGACUCGCAAAAUCUUCUUUAGAUACUGAUACUCAUGUAUCCACUCGAGUGAUGGGAACUUUUGGUUACAUGGCUCCGGAGUAUGCCUCCAGUGGGAAGCUUACUGAGAAGUCGGAUGUUUUCUCCUUUGGGGUUGUGCUUCUGGAGUUGAUUACCGGACGCCGUCCCGUUGAUAAGACUCAGCCAUUCGUUGAUGAUAGCAUAGUUGAUUGGGCAUGGCCUUUUCUCUCGCAAGCUUUGGAACAUGGAAAUUUUGAUGCAUUUGUGGAUUCAAGGUUAAAGGAAUAUGAUUCCAAUGAAAUGACCCGAAUGAUUGCUUGUGCUGCUGCCUAUGUUCGUCAUUCAGCAAGGAGUCGCCCACGGAUGAGCCAGGUAGUUCGAGCCCUGGAAGGAAAUAUUUCUCUGGAUGAUUUGAACGAGGGAAUCACUCCCGGGCACAGCAGAGCGUUCGGUUCCUUCGAAAGUUCUGACUACAGCUCAAUCCAAUUCAAGGAAGACAUGAAGAAGUUCAGGAAGAUGGCAUUGGAAAGCCAAGAGCUUGCUAGCAGUGAAUACAGUGCAGUCGCCAGUGAGUAUGGUAUUAACCCAUCUAGCUCCAGCACUGAAGGCCAACAAAGUACCCAAAUCGAAACAUCGGAAGCCAAGAAAGAAACCAAAGAUGUAAGUGGAAGCUCGUAACCAUAUCUGCAGUGGAAUUUGCUCAUUAUUGCCUCAUUGCUACUAGGGGGAACCACCUCUAAAGCAAAAUGGCAGCUAUGGUAGACUGGUAGCAAUGAUGGAAUCUAUAUUUGGUUUAGGUAGUUUGGUGGAUUUUGUCAAUUCCAUCUAUCUAGAAGUAAUAUUUGAUUGUUUUAGAGUUCUAAAAAUCUCUAUUGCGUGUAUAUUUAAUGUAGUGUGCGGCUAGAAAGUUCAGUGUUGUAUCAAAUUCUAUAGAGGAUCAUCAUUGAAAUUGCAAUAUUGCUUCACUAUA